UCGUCCGUUCCGGCGCUCGACAUGUUCAUCACAAACCUUGUUUUACGCUCGCGCGUGCAGGCUGGCACGCUCAUUUGCACGUUGGUCUACUUGCAGCGGUUGCAGAAGCGGCUACCAAAGGAGGCAAGAGGGAUGGAGUGCACGUGUCACCGCAUUUUUCUAGCCACUCUCAUUGUUGCUGGAAAAUAUCUUAACGACGCCUCCCCGAAAAACAAGUACUGGGCACGGUACUCAACAGUGUUUACAGUUGCGGAGGUCAAUCUGAUGGAGAAGCAGCUACUAUUUUUGCUGGAUUUUGACCUGCGCAUCGAC